GCCGUGCACCCUGGCCGUGCGAGAGGGCUGAAGUUCGACUAAAUGACACGCUGCGUUUUGAGUUGCACGGCCAGAAUGGUGAUAUGCACGGCCGUGCACCCUGGCCGUGCGAGUCGGGAUUUCCUGGUUUUAAGCCAAAUUCCGAACCAAAGAGGAGGGAGAGCUGGGUUUUGGAUCCCAAACACCCAAGGGACGAACCAAAGAGAGAGAGGGCGAUUUGAGGGCAUUCUUGGAGUGGAGUUGGGGGAUUUCUUCGCCUUGGAAGCUCGAGGAACAAGCCCGGACUUGAAGACUGAUCAUCUGAAGAUUCUUACUGCAGUCUCUCUCUUCUCUAUGGAGUAACUUCCCUUCACUUAGGUUUUGAGGAACCCUAGCUAUGUUUGUUUGAUUGGAUGAUUGUAUGAGUACUCUGACUUGAUAAUCUUGAGUUCAUAUUCAAUCUAUGCAUGUUUUCAUGAUUCAAUUCUGCUUUAGUCGAGAUUAUUGAUUCUGCUUUGAUUCUAUGAGAGGGAAUACCUGAUUAGGUCAAUAGAGCACCAUAGAUUGAUAGUAGUGGAUCGAUUGCUUUAGUCGAGGGUUGAUUCACUGCUUUGUAUCGAUUGAGAACCUCUUUCGAUAGAGGGAGUCUAGUUCAGAACGCCUUGAUCAGUUGUUCUAGAGAAGGAUACGUCCCUCUAGGCAAUUGACUCAAGAGGGCCUUGUUCCUUUAGUCGAGACUCAAGGUCUAGUCAAGGAUUCUCCGCAUUGUGAAUGAAAGUGAAACAGGUUAGAGAUCAUCAAUCGUUAAUCUGGCUAGUGGCUAGGGGGAAUCAUACCUAAGUGAGUUCCCAACCUAUAAUUAGAUUAACUUUAACUGUAGUUUGCUAGAGUAGUUUUAGUUCUUUUAUCUUAAUCUGGUUUGCUAAAUAAUAAACUGAAGCUGAGUAAUAGUAACUCUAGAGACCCGUGGAUUCGAUAUUUAUCACUUGAGCCACUAUACUGCAGUCCCUUCCAUUGGUUACACUUGGCCAUUGUUAGGUGUUGUGUUAUAGCGAGUCAAGUUUUUGGCGCCGUUGCCGGGGACUUUCUAGAGUAUUAGGAAAGGCAGAAGUUUGUUACUUUAGCGUUUUUCUUUUCUUUUCUUUUCCACCCUUGCUUUUCACUUGGGUGUUUUUGUUUUUGUUGGUGCAGAUCUGAAUCAUGGAUCCUAAUGGCUUCUCCAAUCAUUGGGGGUAUCCACCACCAUCUGGGUGGUAUUACCCCGAGACUCCGUGGAGCAAUCAAGGCGGAGAAGACUAUGGAUUCGGGUUCCAGUACCAACCCCCUUACUACGGAGAACAAUCGGACCCCUGGGCAUAUCAAGAACAACCUCAUUAUCAAGAAGAAUUUCUCCCACAACCAGAAGGGCCAUCGGCGCUGGAGUUACUCAUGGAGCAGUUUGCUCGAGACUGUGAGAGAACAUGCUCCAGGAUGGAUCAGUGUGUCCAGGCCUAUCGUGAAACAGAUGAGAUCCUCCUGAGCCUUAAGAAGAGCGUCGAUGAUCUUGAGCGAUCUUGGGCGCAACCUGCUCCAGAUCACCCUUCUGCUACCAUACAAGAAGAGGAGGAGGAAGAAGACGGCUACAAGGGCAUUGUGGAACACACUGAAGUUGUCACGGAGAGCUCCCGUGAUGAUCAUGAUCAGGCGUGUCAUGUCGUAGCCGACCACACCUUCCCACACCCCAAACUGAGCUUUGAAGAGGCGGGCAUGAGUGAGGAGAUGCAGGAAGAUCUCAUGAAAGAAAUUGCUUGGCAACUUGCUCUCCAAUCCGUGCUAGAAGAAGAAGAGCAAGAAAGGGUGCAGAAAGAAGUUGUGGAGGAUGACGAAAGUGAAGCUGGAGGAGUUCUUGAUCAUUUUCCAGGGAUGAUACCACAUGAAGAAGGAAGGGAGGUUGAAGAGGCGAUUGGUGUCCAGGCUGAGGACGAAGUUGAGGUGGAAGAGGCUUGCACCGGCCAUGAGUUACAUGUGAUAUCUCCACCAAACUUCGAGGAACUGCUUAGCAAGGACCCAUUUGCAGUGUCUCUUUGCCAGACAAAGGCCACAUCGACAUCGGUCCCUCUUGGUGGACGCGAUGGUGGUCAAUCGAUGCUGUCAUAUCUGGUUUGGGGCAAUGAGACGAGAGAAGAGAAGAGGUCUUGAGGGUGGAGACUUCAUCUGCAUCAAGAACAUGAGCCUUCAUCACCUGCCACACCACAUGCUCAUGACUUGAGACUCCACCUCAUCGACGAGAACCUCAACUUCAAGGAGGUUCUCUCAUGGACCGAAACUUAGGAGCCAUCGUCCGGCUCACGACGUGAAAGAAGCGCUUGUUGGGAGGCAACCCAACCAGUCGGUUUGCAUUUCUUUCUCUUUUUCUCCUCGGUUGAGUCAGUUUUGUUAUUUGAUUUUAGAGUCAAUAACUCAACCUUUGUGAG